UUCGGAAGGUGUAUGCAACAGUUCGUUUCACUGUUUGUAGUUUGUUUUGGAUACCCGAUUGCUUGGAGGUAUUCUUAUAACCACAGUUUAAAGGUAGAAUAAGACGAAUUAUAUCGAUUCAUUACAAAACAGAUUAACUUUACUUAACAUGGAAAAUGCUGAAAAAGGGGUACACAAAUGCACAGGUGGUAACAGACUUUUAAUAGUAGGAAUAAUUGUGUGUAUAUCUACCACAAUGGUAAUGGCAGGUUUAUUUAUCAGUGUAAAGUUAAAAAGCGACGAGAAAGUAGAACAAUGUUCUCUGCCAUGCACAAAUGAUGGGACUUGCAAAGUGUGCGGAAAUGAAUAUGUAUGUGAUUGUCCACCAAACAGCCUUGGAAGCUUAUGCCAAUAUACAUGUGAUAUUGGAUGGUCUUUGUACGAGACGACAUGCUUCAACAUCAGUACACAAUUUCUCAGUUGGAACCUUGCUAAGGAUUCUUGUCGAUCCAUGGAUGGAAGGCUUGCUGAACCAACGACAGAGGGAAAACAUGCAUUUAUUCAACAGCUUUAUGAUGACUCACAUGUGACAGCACAAGACUGGUUGUGGUUGGGAGGAACAGACAUGGAUAGUGAAGGAACUUGGAUCUGGGAAUAUAGUAAUAAAACAUUGGAUUUAACCUUUUGGAGACCUGGUGAACCCAACGACGACGGCAGUGAAGAUUGUUUGGCUACUCAUGCUGGCGUUUGGAAUGACAUUCCUUGCACAGGUGAACAACAAUUUGUUUGUGAAAAAUCAAUUGCUACUUGA